AUGCGGUUCCUACCAACCAUUCUCGGUGCUGUGUCACUCCUAAUCUCUAUCACCAAUGCCUCCCUCUCGACCGACAUCCUGUAUUGGCCUUUAGGAUCGUCACAACCGUCCGUCCUUGCACACAUCUCCUACGACCCAGCCUCAUUGAAAUCGGACGUGAUCUCAUAUCACCCACCAAAGGAUAACCAAAGCGAUGGCCUGGUGCGCGUCGGUCUCUACACUUCAACUUCCACAAACAAAAAGCAAUGGGUCGGCAGUCUCGUAUCGUUGUCCUCCUUAGCCAGUAAGCAACCAACAUUUCGCCUUCACCUCGGUCCAGCCAACGAAGUGUACACUGUCUCCCUGUCUGCCUCGUCUACGACUGCACAAAGCUCAGCCGGCCCUCAAAUUGACCUUGUCUUGAACGAACCCGGGACGCAACCUCACCUUAACAGGCCAGUGGUUGUCGGUCCAGAUGGAGAGAACCCAGAGCAACCUGAAGAAAAGACUCUUUUCCAGAAGUACUGGUGGGUACUUCUGAUCAUCACUUUCAUCAGCAUGUCCGGGGAUCUGGUACAAAGUACCACAAAUAUGCUACUUCAACUCCCAACGGAGUUGAUACAGCUUGUUCUUCGAAACUGCGAUACAGCAGCCUACUUUCAGGCAGCCUUUUCAAGCCGUAGGCUUUAUGAGAUUGCCUCCGGUAGCCGGGAAGUCAUCAUUCAUCAGUUACAUAAUACUCCUGGCUGGAACGACGGUAUUGAAGCUCAUCAAACUAAACAUCUGUUUGGUGAGCUAAUGAGGCGCUCCUAUGAACACCUAGAUGGCGCAGAACAUUACGCCAACCCCACCUAUGAGUAUCAAAAUCGAGUGAUUGACUACCAUGCAUCAACAAUUGAGGCAUCGGAAGACAGGAUUCUAGCACUGCUUGUCUUUAAAGGCCAGAGUACUGUCCAUCUGGUUGACAUGAGCGAUGGGGGUCGGACUGAAAUCCAAUUGAAAUCCCCAGGACAGGAUAUCGGGGAGGUCGAGAUCAUCCAGACUGCUUUUGAUGGAAAGGGUGGAGUUUAUGUGCUGCAUCGAUUUAAACCAUUCUUGGACCAAGAAUUGGAUAGAGAGCACCCAUUUGUUAAACACGCCCUGGAAUCUCACCCCAACGGGAGUAUUCAUCUGGCCUGCCAUCGCUUGAAUUCCCGAAAAAACAUCAUUCGAAUGUGUGACUUUCCAGAAUGUCGGGAUUAUAGGCCACUGGCUUUGUGUGCCUCCAACGGCAAAUUUGCGAUAUCAUGGCAAAACACGAUCGACCCCUUUGAUCACAACAUCGUCGUUCUUUAUACCCAGCUCUAUGACGACGAUGAUGACGAUGACGACGAUGACGAAGAUAACGAAGACGAAGCGGAAAGCGAAGAUGAUUCAAGCGAAGGCAAAGGAGAGAACCCCUAUGCCGCUCUUGAGGCUUACAUUUUGACAAGCUCUCACGAUCAAGACCCGUCUGUCCAUCCUUCUCGAAAAACAGGCCCGGUGAUGAAGUUGGCUUUCAAUGAUCGAGGCUUUCAGUUACUCUACCACUACCGAGCUCAAAACAUCUACGGUGCCUUUCAGAGACUUCAUCGCCUCUCAGGCCUCCUCCCCGGCGAGCCAAAGCCACGUGUUAAUGAGAACGCGUGCACCGUGCAGUUUUCGCCUUCCCUAUCGCUUCAAUUCUCGAUUGGAAUACCAUUCUUCGGUACCCAUGAGCUUGGUGAUAUAAACCAGGGAGAACAGUGUCAUUGGCAGUACCUCGCCUUCGGGAUUGCCACCCACCGCGUGGAAAAAUGGACUGUUGCAUGCCUCCUGAAGUCUGAGGCAUAUACCGGCCCGCGAUGUACUCAUGUUUUGAAUCUCGAUCGCGGUAGGCGCUUUGAUAACUGGCAGAUCAUGGCGCACCUUGGGGGAUUCCAGGAAGUUACAACUUCACAUGGCUCUCCCGUGGCAACUUCGCGUCGCGGAACUCGUGUUGCUGUUGUCAACUGGAAAACCCUCUAUGUAUGGGCACUGAACCCCUCGGAAUUGAUUGAAGAGAACGGCACCGGCUUUUAUCCAUCAUCGUGGGAAUCAUCUACAGGUGCCAUUGAGUUGCGACCAGUUACCCUCCAGUUAGAAGCGGUUUGCUCACAACUGCGUUUCACUGAAAAGGAAGACGAGUUGGUUGCGAUUACUGAUCGUGGAAUGAUGUUCCUGAAUCUCAGUUACAUUGGAAAAAGCAAGCAAUUCGUCAAGAGCCAGGGCUAG